CAAACAAUCUAAAAAAUCUCUCUUUUACUUCACCGCACCAACUUCUGUUCUGCUCUCUGAUCCGAUUAUUCCCAUUCCCAUGUGCGAUCCUCCGAUCAAUCAUUCCUCCUUCGAUUUACCUCUGCAGUUUCAUCAGAUUCCGUAUCAAUGCCGAUUGAGGAAGAAGAUGUUGAGAGCUGUGGCAGCAGGCCCUCACCCACGCAUUCCUCAUCCCACGCCAACCCUAGGCAUCACCGCCACAAGUUCCAGGUCUACAGCGAAGUCCUCCGUCGAAUCCAGGAUUCCGAUUUCCGGGAGGCUAAUCUCCCUGGCUUUGAUCAUCAGCUCUGGCUCCAUUUCAAUCGCCUCCCUGCCAGAUACGCGUUGGAUGUGAAUGUUGACCGAGCAGAAGAUGUACUCACACAUAAGAGAUUACUUCAAUUGGCUGUAGACCCUGCUAAUCGACCUGCAUUUGAAGUUCGUUCUGUUCAGGUUUAUCCUUCUUCCAACGAAAACUAUAUCAAUUCUUCCUGUUUGGAUUCUUCAAUGAUUGAAGAUGCUCAGAGCUCUUUCAAUUAUUCUAAUAUACAGGGGAACCAUCCUCCUCCAACCUUUGGUUCUUCACCUCAUCUGGAAGCACUUGCACUACAAGCCAGCAAAUAUGGCGUUGAAGAUGGAGACAGUGCCCUACAUGUGACACCCUGCUUCUCACGGCCAAUGCAUGAGAUUACAUUUGCAACAAGUGACAAGCCUAAACUCCUCAGUCAGUUAACUUCCUUACUAGCUGAUGUUGGACUUAACAUACAAGAAGCUCAUGCAUUCUCCUCUGUUGAUGGUUUCUCUCUGGAUGUUUUUGUCAUUGAUGGUUGGCCUUAUGAGGAAACUGAGGAGCUUAAAAGGGCAUUAGAAAAAGAAAUUUUAAAUUUUAAGGAGCAGUGUUGGUCAGAAAAACAGUCAAGUUCUGCCUUGGGUAAGAAUAACCAGAAUAGAGUCGAAUCUUUUCCUAGUUGUGUUGAAAUACCUGCUGAUGGUACUGAUGUCUGGGAAAUUGACACCAGACAACUAAAACUUGAGAAUAAAGUUGGAUCCGGGUCAUAUGGGGACCUGUAUCGGGGCACGUAUUUUAGUCAGGAAGUAGCUAUUAAAGUACUGAGGCCUGAGCUUAUUAAUGAAGAGAUGAUCAAAGAAUUCUCUCAAGAAGUUUAUAUAAUGAGGAAAGUUCGGCACAAAAAUGUUGUUCAAUUUAUUGGCGCUUGUACUAGACCUUCAAACCUGUGCAUUGUGACGGAGUUUAUGUCGAGAGGAAGCAUAUUUGACUUCCUUCAUAAGCAAAGAGGUGUAUUUAACCUUCCGUCUUUGCUUAAAGUAGCCAUUGAUAUUUCAAGAGGGAUGAAUUAUUUGCACCAAAAUAAUAUAAUCCAUCGAGACCUCAAGACUGCUAAUCUUCUAAUGGAUGAAAACAUGGUUGUUAAGGUUGCUGAUUUUGGAGUUGCCAGAGUCCAAACUCAAUCUGGAGUGAUGACAGCUGAAACUGGAACAUACCGGUGGAUGGCUCCUGAAGUCAUUGAGCAUAAACCGUAUGACCAUAAGGCAGACGUUUUCAGUUUUGGAAUAGCCUUGUGGGAGCUUUUAACUGGAGAAAUUCCUUACUCAUCCAUGACCCCAUUACAAGCCGCUGUUGGCGUAGUACAGAAGGGACUGCGGCCUACAAUACCCAAGAAUGUCCAUCCCAUUCUUGUAGAGCUGCUUGAAAAAUGCUGGCGACUGGAUCCAACCGAACGACCAGACUUCUCUGAAAUUAUAGAAAUUCUCAAGCAGAUGGCUGAGCAGAUCGAAAAUAACGGGGAAGAUCGACGCAAGAAGGAUAAAUUAUCUGGCGGAUUCUUCUCAGCCUUCAGGAAGGGGCAUCGCUGAAUCCACACAGGAGGAUCUCAUCCAGAGCUGCAAUAGUGCUGGUAAUCAACAUCCCACCCCAAUGAGGCAAAAAACAGAAGGAAAAUGUUUGGACCUUUAUUUUUAUUUCCUUUCUUUUGUGUCUAUAUUUCCUUAUUUUGCCCAACAGUUAUAUUUGUAAGGGCCCUUCUCUGUCUGUGGCCAUGUAGAAACUUGCCUAUAACCUGUAGCAUGUUGUAUAAUAUAUUACUGAACACUAAUGCAUUAUUUUUAAAAAAAUUCAAGUACAACUACGGGGCAAGAAUUUGGACAGGCAAAUGUAUGAUAUCAUAAACUUUAACCUGUUGAAUUAUGUUCAAGUUGUUCAAGUUUGUUUGAAA